AGUUAGAAGCGCGAUUUGAUGGCCUGAUAAUUCUCGAAAGAAUCCUGUCUGUUUAUAAAUACAACCGAUCUUUUAUAUUAUUUAAUUAAAAUCUUAAAGAUCCUUUAAACAUGAGUCACACAAUUUUGCUGGUGCAGCCCGGUCCGAGGCCCGAAACCAGGACUUACUCAGACUACGAAAGCGUCAACGACUGCAUGGAGGGUGUGUGUAAAAUAUAUGAGGAACAUCUGAAAAGGCGAAACCCUAACACACCCACUAUCACGUACGAUAUAUCACAACUCUUCGAUUUUGUAGACCAGUUGGCAGAUCUGAGCUGUUUAGUUUAUCAGAAAUCUACAAACACAUACGCACCCUACAACAAAGAUUGGAUAAAGGAAAAGAUAUAUGUUUUAUUGCGUCAAGCGGCCGGACAGAGUGAUUAAGAUUAUAAAAAAAACUCAACAUUAAGAACACCGUACAGUGUAAACUUGAAAAAAUACAUAGUUGUAUAACAUAAUACAGUAAGAGAGAAAUUAUUAUGUUUGGAAAAAUUCUCUGAUAAGACUCUUUAAUGAUCAAAUUAAUCUAUUUUAUUAGUGAAGUUCAACAUUUAGCACUGUUAUUUAUGUAAAAUCACCUACAUAACGUGAAAACUAUAAGUCCAUCCCACAUGCAAGCAGUUGUCAAUGUAUGUACAUUAUUUAAACCUAUAUUUGACACUUUUGUUGUUUUUUUAAUUUCAUGUAAAAUACAGACUAGAACAAAUAGUGUGCCUGCUUCCUCUAAAAAAUUAGACUGUAAUUGAUUUAAGUAAACUAACUAUGUCUUGAAGUCGAUUAGUUGGUUAGGCUUUGCCCCUAAGGAUGGUUGCUGUAUUUUUUAUAACCUUGGAAAAUAUAUUUAUGUUGUUAACAGCAGCUUCACCAAUACGUGUUGUUUGAGGCAAUCUAGAAUUCAUAUAUUACAUUAUACAACAUUAAUACAAAUAACUAAGUCUACUGGUGACCGAGUUUGUUGUAAACCCUUUAGUGUAGGUAAUAUCAUCCUGCCUAUCUUUGCCGAGAGGCAGUUAUCCGUUUCAGUUUGAGGGAUGGGUCAACCGUUACACAAUACAGUUAAAACUUUGACUUUAUGACUCAUAGUGGGUGACUGAAUUCAGGUGAUGUUUACGUGCUCUGAUAAAUGCUUUACACUAGGUGGACUCGUUGACCCAUCUGCAGGGUGAACCAAUAUAGUCUUUUUACUUUUGAUACAUUAAUUAAAAAAACCUAAAUAAAGGAGAUAAAAACUGUUUGCUUAUUAUGAUUAAACAUGAAUAUGUUUUUUUUUAUUAGUCAAGAUUCACCCUUGAUUAUAUUGACACUGCUGUCAUCUAGUUUUUUUGUGAAAUGCUCUGCACAUCCUUGCAAAUAUUGCUUCAAUUCAUCAAGAAACACGAAACUUCACUUUUAAGGUAUCACAAUAAAAAAAUCGGGAAGGAGAUUAAUGCCAGUUAAUGUUACUCAUUUUGAAGUUCACUUUAUGCUACAGCUACCGAUGCAAAAGUAAACAAACUUUUGUUCCACACUGUACAUAAGCGAAAAUGUUUUUUUCUAUUUAGCACAUUAACUAAUUAAUUUGAGAGUUAUUAUCCAAUAUGGGGUUUGGAAAAUGUUCAGAAAACUGUAAAAAGAGUAAUAAAUUCAAGUGGCCUGUAAGAUUACUGUAAGAGUACUAUAAUUUAAUUAUUAUGAUUUAUUGUUUUAGAGUCAUUAUAACUUAUAUAGUUAGCUGAUCACAUCAUUGACGGGCAGCAAAAGGUGGUUUUUUUUUAAAACUAAAGCAAACAAGCAAUAGAUAAUAUCUUUUCAGAUAACAGUAACGAAUCAUGUAGCAAUUUAAAUGGUUCAUUUGGUUUCCGUGCAAUUUGUCGAACUCUGCCUUUACAAAUUACUCAAAACCACGUUCUAAUGAUACGGCAAGUUUGUCAGCUUUGAUUGGAACCACCGUCCAACACAUUUCUCCCACAAAGCAAUAAUGUUCCAGCUUAUGCAUUUGAGACAUUGCCGGUAAAUAUUGAUCCGUUGUCUGUUUUUAGAGGCAAAUAAAUAGUUAAUUCAUCCAUCAAAGAGUAAAUCUUACGUGAAAUUCAUUCUAAUCAUUUUUCAAAUCGUAUUAGACUAAAAAAGAAUGUAAAUGAUAAUGUCUCAUGAUUAGUCCAUACAUGAUAGGCAGGAUUUUUAACAAAGCAAUUGAUAAGUAACUGACAGAUUGCUGGAAUUAAAAAAAAUUAUUGGCCAAGUUAGAUUUAGCAAUACCUAAAUAAAUAAAAUUCAUAAAUAAUAUCUAAAAUAAGUAUGUAAUAAAAAUAAUUAUUGGUGUUCACUGUCCACCAUUUCUUGUAGUGACCUAGUGAGGCCUUGGUAAUAAAUAAUAAACCGAUCUGGUGAUUUAUCAAGGUUGAAAAUAAUUUAUGUAACUUUUGAAUUAAUAAUAACAAUUGGGUAUUUGACUGCUUUAAGGAUACGUUUAAAACUGUUUAAUGUUUUUGUAGCUCGCAAAAUAUUUUUAUGAAAAAUCAAUUAAAAAAAAACAAUGUUAUGAUUGUGACAAUUAAUGACGUUCCAAGCUAGGAACCAUUUUAUUUAUUUUUCGUAGAUAAUACGGGUCAUCUACCAGUUACCUAUCACCCAGUUAAAAUUCACCAAUGUCAUAUAUCUGAUAAUGAGCUCUUUGUGUAUACAAUAAGAAACAACGCGUUCGUUAGAAAUGAUAUCAAAGGGUUUUAGGGCUGCCCAAAAAAAAAAAAAAAAA